AUGUCAACUCGCGCACAGGGGAACCUCCCCCCCACGGCCACCCCGUCGGACCGGCAACGCUCCAUUCUGGGCGGCCAGCCUCAGGCAAAGCAAGCAGCCACGGUCACGGUCGCUGCCGGCAGCCACUCGGCCGCCGGUACUUCGGCGGCCACUCCCCCCGCUCGACAGCAGCAAGACCCUGCCCCCGCCGCCGCACCACCGGCGAUCGACUACUCGGAGUGCCAGGUUGUUGACGUGGAGUCCAGCCAUUUGGAGCCCCUGAUGCUUGGCGGCGGAGGACCCAAGCGCCUCGCUGUUGAGCUUGCGUCGGACGACGAGCCCUCGGGCGCCCCGCCCCGAGGCCCUCUGCUCCUGGCCUCGCCCUCGGGCGCCCCUGCCGGUGGGCGGCCCAAUCAUCGUCGCGCACCAGCGCCGGGGGGACAGCUUGGCCCCGGGGCCAGUGGUCUGACCGCUCCGAAGCACAACGCCACUCAGCCCAAGGCCGCCACCAGCGUCGAGAGCAAGGACAGGGCUGCUGCCUCUGUCCCGGCCAAGUCUGCCACCACGGCCGUCGAGACGAAGGCCGCCCCUGUUCCCGCGCAACCGGCCAGUGCCCCGGCCCCUGCCAAGCGCUCCUUCCUGGGGGGCCUUUUCGGCCGUGGGUCUGACAGCAAUCACCAGGCGCCCGCCACGGAUGCGGACGCCAAGGCAACGGCCAAGAAGAAGAUGGCCAUCCCAGCCCCGCCGUCACCCCCGCCGAAGGACCUGUACCCGGCCCGGCGGCCGCUGCGCGUGUCCAAGCGCCCCCGCGCCCCCAUGGCAGCCUCGCAGGCGCCGCCAUCGUCACCGGGGGCCGCCACCGCCGCCCAGCAGCCCCGGAAGCAGCCCGGCCUCAGGCGGCAGGAAUCCCAGCAGCGCGCACAUGCCUCGCCGAGUGGGGGCCCGAGUGCAAGCUCGUCUCAGACCGAGACCCGGUCCCGUAUCUGGGACUACCUGCUGAUGGACGAGCUCUUUGAUGUGGCCUCCUCGCCGGAGGACGCGGUCUCGGACGCCAAGUCCCGGCUGCUGGCCGACGACGGCCGGACCGCCUUCGAUGCGGCCGCCCGCGACCGGGCCGACACCCAGCGCUUUGCCCAGCGUCUGUAUGACCUGCUGACCGCUCCGGAGGACGCCUCCGAGGCAGGCGCUGCACCUGCCGCCGGCGCCGGGGCCGCUCAUUCUGCUGCCCCCCCUGCACAGGCCGAUGCGGCGCCCAGCCGGCCGAGGUCCCCGCCCCACUCGCCGCAACACCAUCCUCACCCCCACCAGCCCCACCACCACCACCAACACAAGGCCGGGUUUUCCUCGGAGGAGUUUUUCUCCACCGACUCCUUUGUCAGUGCUUGGGGUGCGCCGAGCCAGCGUCCCGCCGAGCAGCAACAGCAGCAGCAGCAGCCCCGACAGCAUGAUGGCCUGUCGGUGGCGGUCGGGGGGGGCCGGUCGUCCUCUUCGUCCCAGCAUCCGGCCGCCCCUCCUGAUGACAAGAUGUUCGACGCGGCGCACUCGCCCUCCAGCCUGGAGACCAUCAUGUGCCGGGCGACCGCGGCCGGGCCCGGAGGUGUUCAGGCUGCCGAGAGUGCCGGGCGUAAGUACUGA